AUGGGGGCUGCUCUCUCCACCGGAGCGAUCGUGGCAAUUUCUUUUAACUGUGUCAUCGCGUUGCUCAUCCUCAUCCUCUUCCUCAUCCUCUGCAAGGCCUGCAGGACCCCCUCGUGCCCCAAGAAGAGCCCAGCUUCUGAUGUGGAUGAGGCAAGGAAUGAAGAGAAGUACCUGCUGCAGCCGUGA